ACGAACGCAGCUCGUGUGUCUCGUCUGCCACAUUCAAACAGUAACGACGCUGCAUCUGCGACGAAACCGCCUAAUUUGUGCUCGCCAUCAAAAGUGGCAUCGCGCCUACCGUUCAAAAGUGGCAUUCUUUAUUUUUCCCCUCCAAUUUGCUUUCAGGAACAUGUGUUUGCCGUAGCGACGCCGGAAUUCUUGACCCCUCCGCGGGGAUACUCAAGUUGUGCUUCCACCUGGUGGUCGGUAUUAGAAUUGGUCAGUGCGCCAUGUAUCGGCGGGCUGUGCUAGCGGCUUUGGUGGCGUGCGUUUUCGGCCCAUGUGCCGGACCCUGGUGUUCUGGCACUCGGGAAGAAAUCAGCAAUGACCUCACUGACAUCUUUCUAUUGGAUAGAUUGGAUUUGAACGGCACUUUUCCACGUUACUUCGUGCUGGCGUCGAAGGUUGUGCGCCCUGGUCAAGUGUACAGAGUGUCUGUGAGCCUUCUAAUGGCCGAUUUCGCCCACACUAUCCGCACGUCCCUCCUUAGCGACGGGGAAGAAGUGGCUUCCGCUAAGGAGCUCAUUUCACCUGGAGAGACCAGCCUCGUCCUCAUGCAGGUCCCUCAGAGUGCCAAACCAGGUGACUACAAGUUACGCUUCGAUGGCAACGCCAAUGACGUGCUUGGAAGCACAGUGUUCACCGACGAACGUCCAGUCUUCUUCCAGCCGCAGUUCCUUACCAUACUCAUCCAGACGAACCAACUCGUCUUCAACUUCGAACAGUCUAUCAAAUUUCGAGUGAUUCUGCUAACAACGGAGCUGAAGCCCUACACUGAUCCUGUGGACAUUUACUUAACGGACUCUCGGGGCAUAGUUAUGAAGCGAUGGGUAUCGCAGUAUCCGUACUUAGGAUUCCUUCGGCUGAGCUUUGAUCUGCCGUACCAUUUCGCCGUGGGUUGGUGGACCAUCAAAGUGGUGGCGCUCAGCCAGGUGGAAGAGAAGAAGAUCCUCCUGGAGCGCUGGUACACCGAACGGUACGACGUCUACGUAUCCGUGCCGCCUUUUAUUGUGGACACGGAUGAAUAUUUGGAAGGGGACGUGUCCGCGAAUUACACUACUGUGGCACCUGUCUUCGGCAAUGCCACCAUCAAAGUGUUUGUGAGACCUAUCUUAAUCCAGGAUCAGUCGGACGACGUUCGAGUCUUUGACAAGUACCUCGUCGACUACGUGAAUAGGUUUCGUAUGGGCUAUCAGUUUAAGUUCCCGAUGGAAGAACUGCGACGGUUGGCAGAGCCUUAUUCUCUUCGCCAGUGCGAAAUUGAGGUCUACGCUUCUGUGGGCGAAAGGUUUCUUGACGUCGUAGUAGACGGCUACGCGCGAGCGAGGGUUGUCAACUCGACGCUCAGCCUCAAAAUCCUUGGUGUCAAGCCCCUGGUGUUCAAGCCAGGAAUGAAGUUCACAAUAAGGGUUGCAGUAACAUACCACGACCUGGUGAGACUGUCCGAGGAACGUCUGGCAACGUCCAACAUGACCAUUAGACUAUCAGCACAGACAUUCCGAGGGGGACGCUAUGACUUCUUGGAAUACUCGCAUCAGCCAGAUGAAAAGGGACUACUGGUGCUCAAUGUUGAUCCCCCGGAGGACUCUGAAAAGAUACUCAUUAGGGCAACUUAUAAAGAUAGUGAAGAUACAGUUCACAAUGAAGCCACAGCUGUUGCCUAUUAUUCACCAAAGCGUAAAUAUCUCCAGAUUUCAACGAGUACGUCUACAGGUUUGGCUGGGGAGUAUGCUGUAUUCCACGUGAGGUCAAACUACUAUAUGCGAUCUUUCCACUACAUCGUAUUAUCGAAAGGCACAGUGCUACAAGCCGGAGUGAUGAAAGCCAAAGGAAUGCUCAAGACCAUCACCACAUUCUCUGUUCCUCUGUCGCCGGAAAUGGCACCAGCCAUUAAGGUGAUGGUGUUUCAGGUGUCGAGUCAAGGAGACAUGGCGACAGACGCUGUCAUUUUGCCAGUCCAAGGCAUCAACAGAGGAGGGUUUACCUUGAAGAAGCACACAAGGCAAGAUCGCACGGGAAAUGUGCUCGAGCUGAAUCCCGUUUAUACUACAGAGUCUAUAGUCGGACUGUCAGGAUUAGACAGUGAUCUGGUUGCUGUACAAGCAAGGAACGAUUUAACUCCAACCUCGGUCAUCGAAUCGCUGUAUCGCAUGGAAGAACACUGGGGACAACACACACGAGCUGUUUGGAGGGAUCGAGAUGGAAAGCCUGAUGAAGCAGAAUAUUUCGUCACUCAGAAUUUUGCUUCGGAUGACAAUGGUACCUUCCAGUUUUCUGGCUUGGUAGUGGCUACAAACUUGAACAUCACCUCUUUCCCACACAUGUGCAAUGAAAGUCAAGGACAGCUUGCCUGUGUGAGCGGACAGUGUUACCCCAAAUCGGCAAAGUGCAAUGGCUACAAGGACUGCGAUGAUGGUACAGAUGAAGGCAGCUGCGAGGAAGAUGAGCUGAUGGACAAGUCUCUCUUGAACUUCUACCUUUAUCGGACAAACCGAUUCAACAACUUUUUCGACGCUACAGGAGGAAAUUUUGCCUGGCACGACCAAGCUACAGGAAAUCUUGUCGACUAUUAUGUCCAGUGUGAAGUACCAAAGAGUCCAACACUGUACAUGUUCAAUGCAGUGUCUGUCAGCAAGGAACUGGGCUUUUCCAUCCUCACCAAACCUAUAUAUCAUAACAGUGUACGCCCCUUCUACAUGACAUACGAAGCCCCAGAGACCGCUGUUCUCGGAGAGCAGAUCGGAAUACGCAUUCUCCUCUUCAACUACCAGAACUUUGAAGUCCAAGCUGAGCUGAGGGUGCUCCCUUCGGAAGAUUAUCGCUUCGUCCAAGUGGGACCACUGGGCAGGGUGUCGGCCUACAGCCCUGUCACUACGAAAGGAGAACAGCAGCACGUUGUCUUUAUCCAGCCUUUCAAUCACCUUACCAUCCAUGUUCCCAUUGUCUCGGUGAAGAAAGGAAAGGUUGAAGUCAAAAUCUCGGCUCGUACCAAUGUAGCCUUAGAAGAGGCAACAAUUCCUAUCACAUUCUUGGCAGAUGGUGUUGCUGUGCAUACACACACUUCCCUUUUGAUGGACCUGCGAGCCCAAGCGUACAACAUUAAGUUCAUGGACCUUAACGUCACUGAGGAUCCCAUCAUUCCGUUUGAGGCCCAGUACAGGAGGUACAUGUUCGGGUCUCCUGAAGCCCACAUUUCUGUCAUGGGUGAUGUGGUGGGUGCUCCCAUGGAAGGUCCCAUCCUUCCUGAGCAGUUCAGAUUCUCAGCAGCACUCAAGUCCGGAGAACAUUCAAUGUUCAGCUUCGCUUACAACAUCCUCACUCUCAACUACCUUCGCCUCACCGACCAACUGACGAAAGAAAACUCAAAGCCCUUUUUUGAUCACCUCAACAAAGAAUAUAUCUAUCAGAGUGGAUUCUGUAAGAAUGGCGCAUUUACAAUGUUCAAGAGGGAGCCAAGCGUUUGGUUGACGGCGUUCUGCAUCCGAAUGUAUCAGUACGCACAGUUCCCAGACUGGGAAUACAUUAUAUACAUCGACCGGAAGAUAAUUUCAGAUGGCAUUCUAUUCGUGCUGAGACAUCAGAAUGAUGAUGGCUCUUUCUAUGAAACUACAUCCUCACCCUGGAACAGAAGAAUGUCGUCCAUGACCCUUGGGCGAGACAACAAGUACCACCUGAAGAACGUUACUCUCACAGCCCAUGUGCUCAUAACUCUCACUAGGACAUCUGACCUGACUGGGUACAUCAAGCUGAAGGCAUCAAACGCCAGAAGAGAAGCUGUGAGAUUUCUAGAGAAAGAACUAGCAUCUCUCGAGGAUCCAUACGCCAUUGCCAUUACAACAUAUGCUCUUAUGGAGGCCGGGUCUAUCGAAGCUGAAGCUGGCUACAGGAUUCUAGACUCCAUGAAGAAAGAUGCAGAGGGUGCGACCUAUUGGAGCAGAGUGCCCAUACCUCCUCCAACAAUCAUCUCCCAAAGCCAACGGCCAUUCCUGAUGCCACGAUGGCCACACCCGGAAGAUUCUGUCGCUGUCGAAACCACUGCCUAUGCCCUUCUGAUAUACCUCAAGCAGGGAGGCUUCCUUCAAGACCAAAUUGUAAAAUGGCUAAGUCGCAUGCGCUAUAGCGACUUUGGGUUUGUUGGAGCACAGGACACAGUCGUUGCCCUGGAGGCUCUCACAGAGUAUUCCUUUAGGACCCAUGUUCGAGGCAUCACAGAAAUGCACGUUACGGUUGAAUCGUCUUCAAAUCCUGGAAACAAGGCAGUUCUUUAUGUUGCUCCAGGCAGUUUGGCCAGCAGAAAGACUUACGAGGUUCAACCCAAUGUAUGGGGACAUUGUGACGUGUUGGCCAAGGGUGCUGGCUUGUCGCUCGUCCAACUUGACGUUUCUUACAAUGUCGACCGAAACUUCCUGCUCAUCCCACCUGCCAACGAUGCUUUUGACCUGACACUGGAAGCAAAAUACUCUGGAAGAAACAGGUCGCAUAUCAACAUUAAGAGCUGUGCUAAGUGGAAGCUUACAAGAGUGAGCCCCACAAGCGGUGCAGCAGUUUUGGAGCUCGACAUUCCAACAGGGUACAUGAACUACCGCCCUGCCUUGGACACGUACGUCAAAGAAGGAAGUGUUCCACACCUACGAAUGGCUAAAGUGCUGCCACGGACUGCAGUUUUCAUGUUUGACCAUCUGGUAAGCAAUUGGACAUGCAUAAAUUUCCUGAUUCAAAGGUGGUACCCCGUGGCCAAUUCGACGAGAUAUCUGAAGGCUAAGGUGUACGAGUACAAUAUUCCAGAAAACUACAAGGAGACAAUCUGGGAAAACUAUGACCUGUACGUCCUCAACAUCUGCGAAGUGUGCGGCUCCUACCAGUGCCCAUACUGCCCUUACUUCAGUGCGGCAAGCAGCAUAGCAGCCAAUGCAUUAUUAGUGCUCGUGGUAGCCCUGCUCUGUAGAACAGUCGUUGAGACAUUCCAGUGACUUCAGCAGUGAAUCGACUUUGCCACCUGAACAGUUCACGACACAUUCACUGAAACGUUAAACUGAGUCACGCGUGAGUGUGUCACAAAACUGAAUGACUUUAAUUUUAUGAAAGUUGAAAAGUUAUGGUGUGCCUUUCUUUUUGUAUUGUUUUCGUAAUUUUUUUUUUAAUGGGGCUCAAAAUGAUGGAUGUAAGAAAGUAUAUAAGGUUACCAAGAACCAAACAAAUAUUUGUUAACAGCUUUGCUGUCGUGCUUACGUAACGGUGUGCUUAUGUUUGUGAAUGGUGAGACUGCAAGUGCAAUGAAUUAUCUCUGUGAGAGACAAGGUAUUCACAAUGUAAAUAGUACAUCACUGCCAGGCAUAACUUUACAAGUGCCACAUUUAAGCACUUCCAUCAUCAAGUGAACUGCAUCUCAUUAUGGAAAUGUGGCUGUAUGGCCAUUGAAGACACUAAAUGUACGGUGUCAUCUUUUACUGGGGGUGAUAUGUACUCGAGCGCACCUAGUUUGAGCUUACCUCCUGGCUUUUAAAUAGCUUUUCUUUUUUUUUUUCUUUUUUUCAAAUUCAAAUUGUCCAUUCAUUAUAAGAAAAUUGCACAUACAAAAAUAUACUAGUUGAUUGCUGAUAUGUACAUAAUGCAAUUUUAAGGCUUAGGUAAAUUUUUAGGGUUUAUGCUUGCUUGCAUAUUAUCAUUAUGCAAGCAUAUUGCAUUAUCAAGCAAGCUGUAUGCAUCCACAUAAGGCAGAGUACAAGGUUCUCCAUGGAUAGCAUGGACCGAAUUCUCGUUGUUAGACAUGUCUUCCACAGUACCCGUCGCACAAAGCGGCUGAGAUCACGGCAUCAAGUGGCAUUUGGUUAGCAGCAUUCGUCCUUCACUCUAACCCACUGCCCACAUUACAUGCCUCCUUUCCUGUGCGUUUUCUCCAGCUCCUUACGAUUACUUUUCAUGAAAAUGCUCUUUGGUGCAAUGUACUAUUACGUUGGACAGACACUGCACUUCUAAGUUUAUGGAUACUAAGUCAAAGCAUCUAAAACAACAGAGGUUAGAGAUUUAAUGAUUAAGACCUUAGACAACGAAGAAGUGAGGGAAGCAUUCUAUUGUACAUGCCUCAGUUUUAUGGAUUAUGGAUAAUGUGGCGCAGCCCAGUCAUGUGAACGACAAAUGUGCAAGUGAUACAGAAGCACAUUGUAUGGCCCACUUCUGUCCCCUGUCAACCACGAGCUAUUCUACUAUUGACUAUAUUUCUUGCACUUGUAUUGCCACAGCGUAAGAACAGUGCUAUCCCAUUUCUGAAGAUUUCACUUGCUCUCAAACCUCAGUCAAUGGAUGUAUAAACAUAUGAAGGGCCCUCCCAGGAAUGAAAAACCGCAUCUUCUGAUUUCAAGACCUUGUAGGGUUACAAGGUACUUGCAGCAAGCAUUUACCUUCCAUAUUUGACCCAGCAUCCCCUUGGAGGCUUCUGUCUGCAUAUCUCGAUAUAUUUGCUACCACGCUAGUACAAACAGCUUGUCUUGCAACAGGAAUUUGGUCCGAGGUGUGACACAGGCAAAACGGUCACUCGGAAAUGACUACUCUUUUCAAAAGCUUGUUUUGAUACGGGUGUACCAUGCUCAGCAAACGGCGGUGACUAUGAUGCUGUUUAUCAUAGCCACGCAAAAUGGUGCUACUUAUGGUUGUCAUCACCCUAGUCUCUACUUUGAAAAGUUCUAGUUCUAAAUUCUGCCAAUGUUCACAGGCAUGUUAUGUCAUAUAGUUGUGUAUAAUCUCCUCAUCUUGAAUUUAUUUUAGACCUUAAUGUUCAGGAUUGCCUGAACUCUGUAUCCGCCCUGAGCGUCCACAAUCAAACUUCAUUACACCAGAGCCUUCACUGAAGGCAGCUUGAUAAUUUCCAGUACACGCACGCUGUCUUAUUUUACAUAGCAAAUUGAGCAGAGCUGUCGUAUCAUUACUGACAUUUUUAAUGAGUCACAAAUGCGUGCGUACUAUGGGAGUGAAUUUUUUUCCAUAUUUCUGUAGUGAAUUUUUUCACCUACUGCACCUCACGUUCGAUCCUUGUAUUGAAUCUUUACACUACUUAUCACAAGAUUGUCGCUUUGCUCACUGGAAAGGAUGCGCAACACCUGACCCAACCCAAGCAGCCAUUGUACGGAAGGCUCCGGUACACUGGCAUGGUUUGCAGGUAUCUUAUCAGUGGAGCACUUCAUUUUGUAGAGCUGCACAAUUAAAGAAAAGCUUCAGUAACCGGCCUGCCCCUACGCACUUGUACUUUCAGCACGUUGUGCUGCUUGGGAACCAGUUAAGCUCUUGCUCUUUCUCUUCUCAAAGUCAUUCAAGGCACAGCAUACUUCUUGCCUAUGGUCAUUCAUUGACUUUACAUCCAUGUACUCAAAGCAGUCAUUCUUGUGGUGUGGGCUCCUGUGUGUUUGUUACAUGGUUAGAAAUUACAAACUUUUUGUUUUCAUGCGCGUGAAUGUCAACCGGUGAUUGCAGUGCCUUACAUUGUGCCCACACAGUAUGAAUGUGUCUACCUACUUUUGUACCAGACAUGUGUUUCCAGCAGAUACGUUAUAAAAAAUAGAUAAUCUAGAGUCAUCUGUGAACAGUGUCAACAAACAACAAUCUGUUUUCUCUCACAUGUGUCUGCUUAUGUCAACUAAGUGUCCAAGACAACAAGCAUGCUUCUGUGUUCACCUUGAGAAUCUAGCCCCCGUUUCGUCUUGGGGCAUGUUAAGACAGCGUUUACAAGAAAGAAAACAUCGGACACAAGCACGCGUGAGGUCUAAGAAAUGUACGACCAUGCGGUUCUGUUUGUUAUACUGUGUGUUGUAUAGUGCAUUAUGCACAAAGCUUCAUAAAGUGAUACACAGUUAUUUCAGUAAAUGCCACUCUUAUGUCAUGUUACUAAAGCACAAUAUAAAUACAGUACACUGCACAAGACAAUGCAGAUGCUGCAGUGUAGUCUCGUUAAAUGAAAAGGUUUAAUUUUGGACAUAGGACAAGGAAUAAAAGAAACUUGAAAAUCUGA